CCCAGAAAUCUUUGCGUUUCCUCUUUCCCCUCGGCGCCUGGAAAUGGGUAUUUCCCGGAACAAUUGGCACAAGCGUCGCAAGACCGGGGGCAAAAGGAAGCCAUAUCAUAAAAAAAGAAAAUAUGAACUUGGUCGUCCUCCUGCAAAUACAAAGAUUGGUCCACGCCGUAUUCACACAGUGAGAGUCCGUGGCGGUAAUAAAAAGUACCGGGCACUGAGAUUGGAUGCUGGGAACUUCUCCUGGGGUUCUGAAUGUUGCACACGAAAAACGAGGAUCAUUGAUGUGGUGUACAAUGCCUCAAACAACGAAUUGGUUAGAACAAAAACAUUAGUUAAAAACUGUAUCGUUCUAAUCGACAGUACUCCCUUCAGACAGUGGUAUGAAUCUCACUUUGCGCUUCCACUCGGCCGGAAGAAAGGUGCCAAGCUGACCCCUGAAGAGGAAGAAAUUUUGAACAAGAAGAGGUCAAAGAAAAUUCAGAAGAAAUACGAGGAUCGCAGAAAAAAUGCAAAAAUCAGCCCGCUGCUUGAAGAGCAAUUCCAACAGGGUAAACUGCUCGGUUGCAUAGCUUCAAGACCUGGCCAGUGUGGCAGAGCUGAUGGCUACAUCCUUGAAGGAAAGGAGCUGGAAUUCUAUUUGAGGAAGAUCAGAGCCAAGAAGGGCAAAUAAGCAUAGUACUCUAAGGAAAAUGUGAUUAAUAAACAAUUUCUCACCCAA